GAAGUGACGAAGUGAAGCCCUCGUGGGUGACGUCAGUGCCCACCCUAUUGGUUGCUUCGUCACCGGCAGACAGAGUGAGAGUUGGCAGAGGAGUCCGAGGCCGGGGCACAAGGAACUGUCAGGGAGACAAGAGGGCACCGGGGCACCGCCAUGGGCGCCAGGGAGGACAGGACGGAGCGCCUGGGAUUCAGCCUGCAGAAGGAGAUCGUCUAUAACCGGCUGCUGCCCUACGCUGACCGCCUGGACCAGGAGUCCAACCGGCUGCUGGCCGCCAUCAAGAGCAGCCUGGGCCGCGCCGUGCACCUCCGGGAGCUGUGGCCGGGGGUCCUGUUCUGGAGCAGGAAGCUGAACACGUACAUUCGGCUUUAUGGCAGAAAAUUUAGUAAAGAAGACCAUGUGCUAUUCGUUAAGUUGCUGUACGAGUUGGUGACAAUUCCGAAACUGGAGAUCAGUAUGAUGCAAGGGUUUGCACGCUUGUUGGUGCAACUUUUAAAAAAGAAAGAGCUCCUUUCAAGAGACGACUUGCAGUUGCCCUGGAGACCAUUGUACGAGAUGCUGGAGAGAAUAUUGUACUCUAAAACAGAACACCUUGGUCUUAAUUGGUUUCCUAAUUCAUGUCGGCAAGGCUUGCCCUCCACUAAAACACUUGUGCUUAAUGUUUUACGUAGGUGCUCUGUGGAAGGUGUCCUAAAAACACUAGUGAAAGCCUGUCGACCUUAUUUUCCUGAUGAUGCAACUGCAGAAAUGCUAGAAGAAUGGCGGCCUUUAAUGUGUCCUUUUGAUGUAACCAUGCAAAAGGCCAUUAGUUAUUUUGAAUUGUUUUUGCCUACCUCCCUGCCUCCAGAGCUUCAUCAUAAAGGUUUUAAACUGUGGUUCGAUGAAUUCAUGGGCCUCUGGCUUUCAGUUCAGAAUCUUCCUCAGUGGGAAGGGCACCUAGUGAAUCUCUUUGCACGUUUGGCAAAUGACAACAUUGGGUACAUUGAUUGGGAUCCAUAUGUUCCAAAGGUGUUUACCCGGAUUCUGCGUAGUUUAAAUCUCCCUGUAGGAAGCAGUCAAGUGCUUGUACCAAGACAACUGGCGAAUGCUUAUGACAUUGGACAUGCUGUGAUAUGGAUAACUGCAAUGAUGGGAGGACCAGGCAAGGCUGUACAGAAACAUCUGACGGGGCUCUUCAAUAGCAUUGCUUCUUUUUACCAUCCGUCAAACAAUGGCAGGUGGUUGACAAAGCUUAUGAAACUUCUGCAGAGAUUGCCCUGCUCUGUUGUACGGAGGCUACAUAGAGAGCGAUACAAGAAGCCGUCUUGGCUAACCCCUGUGCCUGACAGCCACAAGUUGAGUGACCAGGAUGUGACGGACUUUGUGAAAAGUAUAAUUCAGCCAGUUCUUUUGGCCAUGUUCAGUAAAACUGGAAGCCUGGAGGCAGCUCAGGCUCUGCAGAAUCUCGCACUGAUGCGCCCAGAGCUUGUCAUUCCCCCAGUACUUGAAAGAACAUAUCCAGCUUUGGAAACACUAACUGAGCCUCACCAGCUCACUGCAACGCUAAGCUGUGUCAUUGGGGUGGCACGCAGCCUGGUCGCUGGUGGUAGGUGGUUCCCAGAAGGCCCAACACACAUGCUACCUCUUUUGAUGAGGGCUCUCCCCGGCGUGGAUCCAAAUGAUUUUAGUAAAUGCAUGAUCACAUUCCAGUUUAUUGCAACAUUUUCCACUUUGGUGCCUUUAGUAGAUUGCUCAUCUGUGCUUCAAGAGCGAGAUGAUCUUUCAGAGGUGGAGAGGGAGCUGUGCUCGGCCAGUGCAGAGUUUGAGGACUUUGUGCUCCAGUUCAUGGAUAGGUGUUUUGCUCUGAUUGAAAGCAGCGCUCUGGAGCAAACACGAGAGGAGACCGAGACGGAGAAGAUGACCCAUCUGGAGAGCUUGGUGGAGCUGGGCCUGUCCUCAACAUUCAGCACAAUCCUCACUCAGUGCUCCAAAGAGAUAUUCAAGGCCGCCCUCGAGAAGGUAUUUAACUUUGCAGUUUCCAACAUCUUUGAAACAAGAGUUUCUGGCAAAAUGGUGGCAGAUCUCUGCCGGGCUGCUGUCAAGUGCUGCCCUGUGGAGUCUCUGAAGCUCUUCCUGCCUCACUGCUGCAAUGUUAUAACUCAUCUCACCAAGAAUGAUGAUGUCCUCCAUGAGGAAGAAUUAGACAAAGAGUUACUUUGGAACCUGCAGCUCCUUUCUGAGAUAACAAGAGUGGAUGGAGAGAAACUUCUUCCCUACAAAGACCAGCUUGUGAAAAUUCUCCAGCGAACCUUGCACUUCACUUGUAAACAGGGUUAUACGUUGUCCUGUAAUCUGCUGCACCAUCUGCUUCGCUCCUGCACUCUCAUCUACCCCACUGAGUACUGCAGUGUGCCCGGCGGAUUCGAUAAGCCUCUCUCUGAAUAUUUCCCCAUAAAGGACUGGGGAAAGGCCGGUGACCUUUGGAACCUUAACAUCAGGUGGCAUGUUCCUUCAGCGGAGGAGGUUAAGUUUGCAUUCUACUUGCUGGACAACUUCCUUCAGCCAGAGCUAGACAAGCUUAAUCGUUAUGGGAGUGGAGAGCUCGAGUUGUCAAGGGAUGAUAUUCAGCAGUGUCUGACCAUCAUGCAGAACUGUCUCACGGGCUCAGGGAACAUUCUACCUCCUCUGCAAGGGGAGAGAGUAUCUCAUCUGGUUACAAGUAUGGUGUCUCUGGAUGAGACAAAACUCUUCACCGGUAUAGACUAUGAUUAUUCUAGAACAAACUACAGAGAAUCCAUUGCAAAAACGCUCAGGAAACUUUUGCACUUCAUACUUGACAACUCAGAAGAUGAUAUCAAGUCUUUAUUUCUUAUAAUAAAGAUCAUCAGCGACGUUCUACAAUUCCAGGGAUCCCACAAACAUGAGUUUGACUCCAGAUGGAAGAGUUUUACACUUGUCAAAAAGUCCAUGGAAAAUCGGCUCCAGGGAAAGAAGAGGCACAUUCGAGCAUUGUUAAUUGACAGAGUCAUGUUGCAACAUGAGUUGAGAAUGUUGACCGUUGAAGGCUGUGAAUACAAAAAAGUCCACCAAGACCUGGUGCGGGAUCUUCUGCGUCUGUCCACCAGCUCUUACGGGCAAGUCAGAAAUAAAGCUCAGCAGGCUUUUUUCUCUGCUCUGGGAACAUACAAUUUCUGCUGCCGGGACAUCAUUCCUCUAGUGCUUGAAUAUCUGCGGCCAGAAAGACAUGAUGUCACUCAACAGCAGUUCAAAGGUGCCUUGUAUUGUCUGCUUGGGAACCACGGUGCAGUGUGCCUAGCAAACCUUCAUGACUGGGAAUGCAUUGUACAGACGUGGCCGGCAAUAAUCUCUUCAGGUCUCAGUAAAGCAAUGUCUCUAGAAAAACCAUCCAUUGUACGCCUUUUUGAUGAUCUGGCUGAGAAGAUCCAUCGGCAAUACGAAACAAUUGGGUUGGACUUUUCGGUUCCUGAAAGUUGUGUCCAGAUUGCUGUAUUGCUGCAGAAGUCGCCCACCCCCGCUCUUGGUGUGGAGUUGCUUCAUCCAGAUCAGCUGAGUCUGGCAGUGCAAAGGCAAGAGGAGAAGAAUGCAGAGUCUUUACGGCAUUAUGAAGGCUUAGUUGAAACUUUGAUCGAUUGUGUUGCACAAAGAAACCUCCCCUGGAAGUUUGAACACAUAGGCAUUGGGUUUUUGUCUUUACUCCUGAGGGAUGACCAUGUUCUACCUCUUCGUGCAGUCAGAUACUUGGUGCAAUCUCUGAAUCACGAUGCUCUUAUUGUCCGCAAGAUGGCAAUCUCUGCUGUAGCUGGAAUUCUAAAGCAGCUGAAGAGACCCCAUGUCAAAAUACCCAUUUGCCCUUACACAAUCAGUGGAUGUACCAAACCAGAUGCCACCAUUCCAGGGGACAGGCCUGACAACGAGUGGAUACAUUACGACAGUGCCAGCCUGCCAAAGACUAAGGAAUCCUGGGACGCCUGUACUUUUGUGGAGAAGACACACUGGGGAUAUUACACGUGGCCUCGAAACUUACAUGUGUAUGCACCUUCUAAGCAACAGCCACAGCUGGGAAGACCUAGAGAGGACAUGUCAGAAGCUGAACAGAUCAUAUAUGAUCAUUUCACGGAUGAGAAGUUUGUCAGCCAGCUGGUAACGUUUCUGACUUUAGAAGAUCGGAAGGGAAAAGAUAAAUUUAACCCUCGCAGGUUUUGCCUUUUUAAGGGUCUUUUUAGAAACUUUGAUGACGCAUUCUUGCCAGUCCUUACUGCCCAUUUGGAGCGCCUAGUGGAAGACUCUCAUGAAAGCACCCAGAGAUGUGUGGCUGAGAUUGUUGCUGGGUUAAUUCGAGGAUCCAAACACUGGACGUUUGAAAAGUUGGAAAACCUGUGGAAGUUCCUGUGCCCUCUGUUGAGGACGGCGUUAUCCAACAUCACCGUGGAGACAUACAGCGACUGGGGCACUUGUAUCGCCACAUCCUGUGAGAGCAGGGAUCCUCGGAAGCUUCAUUGGUUGUUUGAACUGUUGUUGGAAUCACCAGUGAGUGGAGAAGGAGGCUCUUUUGUGGAUGCUUGCCGAUUGUAUGUGCUUCAGGGAGGACUUGCACAGCAAGAGUGGCGAGUUCCAGAGCUUCUGCACCGAUUGCUUACAUAUUUGGAACCGAAACUAACCCAAGUGUACAAGAAUGUCCGAGAAAGGAUCGGAAGUGUUCUGACCUACAUCUUCAUGAUCGAUGUCUGCUUGCCAAACACGGCGCCCACCAAGUCUCCGCGUAUCUCUGAAUUUACUGCCCGGGUCCUUGAGAAGCUAAGACCUCUAAUGGAGGUCGACGAGGAGAUCCAAAACCACGUCAUGGAGGAGAAUGGGGUUGAAGAACAGGAUGAGAGAACUCAGGGCAUUAAAAUGAUGAAGACCAUACUGAAGUGGAUCAUGGCGAGUGCUGGGCGGUCAUUCUGUACGGCUGUCCCAGAACAGUUACAACUUCUACCAUUGUUGUUUAAGAUUGCACCGGUUGAAAAUGACACAAACUACGACGAGCUAAAGAGAGAUGCCAAAAUGUGUUUAUCCCUGAUGUCUCAAGGGUUACUCUACCCCGAGCAAGUGCCCAUGGCUCUAGAAGUGCUGAAACAGACUGCAAGAAGCAGCUCCUGGCAUGCCAGAUACACAGUCCUGACGUAUAUCCAGACAAUGGUCUUCUAUAACCUCUUCAUAUUCCUUCACAAUGAAGAAGCUGUUCAAGGCGUCAGGUGGUUGGUUCUACAACUAAUGGCUGAUGAACAGUUGGAGGUGAGAGAGAUGGCUGCCACCACCCUGAGUGGCUUUCUGCAGUGCAGCUUUCUGACAAUGGACGUCUCUAUGCAAGCACACUUUGAGCAGCUCUGCAAAACCAGAUUGCCAAAGAAACGCAAGAGAGACCUCGGGACGGCUGUGGACACCAUACCCUCUGCAGCAGAUCUGGUGAAGCGCCAUGCUGGUGUUCUGGGGCUCAGUGCCUGCAUUUUAUCAAGCCCUUAUGAUGUCCCGACAUGGAUGCCACAACUGCUGAUGGAUCUGAGCGCACAUCUCAAUGAUCCGCAGCCCAUAGAGAUGACGGUAAAGAAAACCUUAUCUAACUUCCGGAGAACACACCUUGACAAUUGGCAAGAGCACAAGCAGCAGUUUACAGAUGACCAGCUGGUGGUUUUAACUGAUCUCUUGGUUUCUCCUUGCUACUAUGCAUAGAAAGGACACCCUAUGAAGGAUGAUUCAGAUUUUAAAUUUGUGUCCCCAGCUGCCCCAAGUGGAUUGAGUUUUUUUUUUUUUUUGUUUGUUUUAAUUUUAUUUUAAGCCCACCAUAGGAGAACAGGGCUCCUGGACAAUUUUUAGAGCAAAAGAUUUACGCUUGCAAAGGAUUGAUGCGCGCCGAGUGAUUUGAUUGAUAAUGAGACUCUUGUAUAUGAACGGACUGUAUGGACUCUUUUGGUGUGACACAUAACACAGGGACUCGCUAUGACUUUUUUUUGUUGCAAAUGUUACAUAACUGUACAAACUGUAGGUAAGUAGAGUAAUAAAUCAUUGUACAAACCGUCUUUUACAUGAAAAUAACAUUGGUUUGUAAAAAGUCGCAUUGCGGACAUUUAAGCUAAAGCUUUGUAUUCAGGUCAAAUGCCAUAUUUUGUGUUUUUUAAAUUAUUAUUUUUUUCUUUGCUCUUUAGUGUAAAGCACCUUUUUUUUUUUUUUUUUUUUUUUAUAGAACUAAAUGUAUAUAUACUUUAUAUAUGUAUACAAACCUUGGGCAGCCCAUAACGCUAUGCGAGGCGUGCUUGGAAAUAAAUGACCCGAGAGGAACAGGGAAUUCUGUAAGAGUGGAGGAGAGGAAAAGUUGGUGUGUUGCUCAUAGCAACCAAUCAGGUGUUUUUUUUUUUUUUUUUUUUUUUUUUUUUAAUUCUCUCAUUUAUACUAUAAAGUUGACUGCUGGGUUAUGAUUGGCUAUUGGCAGCACUUCCACUUUACCUGUCCUACUCCUUUAUGGAAUCCCCUGUUGUGUGUGUGUAUAUAUAUAUAUAUGUGUAUAUAUAUCUCCGUUCAUCAUCUGCAGGUUUUUCAGCAGUCCCUCCCUAUGCUAUGCUCCUGUUGCUGAUCUAAUAUGUUACCAGGUGACAUGUUUUUAAGCAAGGUACUUUAUACAUGAAAAAAAAAAAAUGUCUUUCUCAUUUUCGGUGAACUCUUCAUCCCUCUUAAUGAUGUGUAUCGUGUUCCUUGAAGGAAUGCUGUUCAUUAAAUGCCUACCUGCUGAGCAAGUGACAAAGCACAGCAGAGUACUAGUGCAGUAUUUACCAGCUGUCAGCAGCACAGCAAUGUAACCACUGUAUAGCGUAGUGCCAAAACCGUUCUUUCAAUUGUACAACUUUAGUUUAUUUUAAAAACCCAAUAAAAGGAUUGUUUGUAACA